UUUCUAUGGAUUGAACGUUCGUCGAAAUUCCAAGUGAUACGAUUACUAGGCUAAUAUUGACGUAUAUAGAUAGUACGACAUAAAUGACAGUGAUGUACAGAAAAUAAAUAUCUUGAUAAAAAUGACGUGGUGAAGUGAAGAGAGCCUUAUCGUUUUAUAAAACCGUCGAGGGAAUUGCAAGAAUGGAUGAGAGUACAGGCUCAGAGAAAGUUUGGUGUAAGACUAAAGCAGAAGAACAAAAUAGUUUAUAUCAUGGAGAAUCUGCAACACAGUCUAUGGAAGCAAAUUCCACUUCUUUAGCAGACAUAUUUGAUACAGCAUUUACAUCUACGGUUGAUCCUUCUCCUCAGCCAAGAUUUAGUUCAGCUAAUGAAAUGGAAUAUGAACAUUUAUUUGCCGAAAGUGAUAUAGAAGAAUCUGAAGUAACUCCUAUUAAUCCUUAUGUAAAUCCUCCACAACAUUCUACUUCAGCCAGUAAUUUUGUUUUUGGAAGUUAUUUGACUGGGCCCGAAGCAACAGGGGAUGCUCAUCAUUAUUGGCAGCCUGACCACUUAAAUUGUAACAUGUGCCAAAAUAGACAAGAGAGGAGUGCAAAACAACACGAAUCUCAUAGUCAACAAUUAAGGAAUAUAUAUGGUGGGAGAGCUUGUGGAAAUUACUGUAAGAGACUUUUACACGAGCGAGACCCACCAGUAAAACAUAAAAGUAAAAAGUGUGAGGACCAUAAGUCAAUAAGUGACCAACAAUCUGAUAGUUUAAGUAUAGCUGGCCCAUCAAGAUUAUCAGAUGGUGUUCCUAAUAACACAACUAGAUCGACAAUUAAUGAUGGAAAUAUUUUAAACAGAAUUCCACAAAGUAUUGAAAAUGAUAGUGCCAAUGAAUCCAACACAUUGUACCAUCAUGUUUUGCCAAAUACAAUUAAUUCUCAACACUGUCCUACUCGUAUAACAAGUAACGACGAUGUGCCGCUAGCGCCAGACUUACAGUUAGAUUGGUCCUCUAGCAGUGAUGACGAAGAUGGGUCAGUUGAAGUUCUUGGAACAGUGAACCACAAUAAUAAACAGAAUUCUGUAGAAAAUAACGAAGCAAAUAAUCGUCCAGUAACUGUGGUCGAUUUAACUGUCGAGUCAGAUGAAGAACACACUCCCUCUACGUCGACAACGCCUAUAGUAAAUCCUCGGCCAGCCGAUUAUGUACAUAAUGGGAACAAUUCUUACUGCAUGCAUGGUCCACCAGUUAUACCCGUAAGAUACAGCCAUAUACCACAAGAUAUAAGUUUUCAAAGACCACGUAUGCAUCCUCUUCGGGAACAACUGUGGAGGAUUCAACAAAACAUACAAGAGAUGCACAGGCAUUAUCUUUAUGCAGGAUCUACGACGCAUGACACUAGCACAACCCCGUGCGGUCCACACAUGCAUCAACCGGUACACCAGCAACGUACAUGCAAUGGAAACGUUAAUCCUGCGAAUAGUCGUUGCAACGGUUCGGAAAAUAUAACGUACGCAGAAAAUUAUCUUCCAGACCUUCCACCUCUUCAUCCUUUUUUACCUCCUGUUUUACUACCCUCGCAACGACCCACUGUUUACAAUCACCCUGAAGGUAGAUCUGCUCUGCAACGUGCAAUGGAAGUUGUUGAAAUAGAACCAGUACCGCCUGUAAUGCCGCCGAUGCCCGUUCAUCCGUUGUCUCAUGCUGUUCGACCACGCCAGAGGUCAGAAGUAUUCCAACGUUUGCAGCAUGUUCAUAUUAGUCUUGGUCCUAUGGUGCAAGGGUCUGAUCCGCAUGAUUUGCUGAUGCCGUUAACACCUUUGAUACCACCACUUCAACCUCAACCGCGUCUUGUAGAUUACAUGCGCCUUGUCAAUUUACGUCGGAUGAAUCAUAUUAGUUGCGGAGCGACCCAGGAGUCGAUUGAAAGGCAUACAUUCCCUCAUAAGUACAAACGGGUUAAGAAAGUUGAAAACGGCGAAAGUGCUAUUGAAAAAUGUACUAUAUGUUUGUCUGAAUUUGAAGACUGUGAAUGUGUCAGGAGGCUUCCAUGUAUGCAUUUAUUUCACAUAGACUGUGUCGAUCAGUGGUUGCGCACUAAUAAGCGCUGUCCUAUAUGUCGAGUGGAUAUUGAAACUUUUCUACACAAGGAACUAGCCACCACUGCAUAG